GCAAUCGUUUAUUGACGGAAAAAAAAUUCAUCGAUGCAUCCGUAAAGGUUGUUAAAUUCCGCGAUAGAGACAUAGAGGUGAAUGAAAACUUUAAAUUUUCUAUGGGAAUUUAGGUAAAAAUAUGGAAGUAAUUGAGGCGAUAGUGAUACAAAAUGCUAAUGCGGACGGAAAGGAGUCGGCUGCGUCCAACAGCGUGGGCAGCGAUAGGAUAAAAGCAGAAUUCAUCUGGACUCUGCAAGCCACAUGGCACCUGGUCAACACCCGGCUGGAAAUGGAUCAGGCAUUUGACCAGCCAGUGUGCAAGAAGAAGAAGCUGUGGGAAGUGGUAGCAGAGAAGGUAAACGCCAAGCUGAGGGAGUCAGGGGUCACGGACAUCACUGUUAAGGCCUACGAAUGUGACCUGAAGUGGAGAAACAUGCUGGCCACCUACAGGAAGAACACAGACCGAGCCCGGCGAUUGGGCAUGGCCAGCAUCCACUGGGAGUUCUUCAAAGCCAUGCAUGAGGUUCUGGGUAAGAGCCGGGAGGAGAUCGAAGCCCAGCGCCAGGCCAAGCUCAGCGGAACCAGAGUGGGAAAGGCCAUCUCCAGCAAGAGGUUCACGCCGAUCCUCCCCACGCCGCCCGCAGCAGCCGCUGCCGCCACCAGCCGGCCCCCGCAGGACGUCCUGCAGCUCUACAUGGAGCUGCAGGAGAGAAAGCUGAACAUGUGGGCUCAGCAGAAAGCGCUGGAGGAGAGGAAGAUCGAGGCCAUUAACAACCUGGCCCAGGCUAUCUCCAGUCUGGCUCAGACCAACACCCCACAGACGUCAAAGGACGGACAUUAGUUCAUAACGCAUCAGAGGAAAAUUUCACUUUUGUUGUGUUACUGUAGCAAGCCGACAAUAUAAAACUCAAAGUGUUUGUUUAUGGUGCAAAACCGACUGUACAUGCAAUAUCAUUGUCUGCAAACUUUCAGUUAAGUUUAUUUGUAAAGCAAAUUUCAGCAACAAGGCAGUUCAAAGUGCUUCACAUCAUAAAAAAACAAAAAUACAAAGUCAUAAAAGACUCAGUACGGUCAACAAACUGAGAAAACUGGAAACAAACAUUACAUUUUGAUCAUCAAAAUCAUCAAUACACACCAAAUAUAUUGGUCAGUGUUUCAUUUUUUACGGUUCAAAAGCAACUCAGAGGUAAGUUUUUAGUCUAGAUUAACGUCACUGGAGGAUGCUCCUGCAACUGCCUGAUAACACAGCUGUAAGCCGUCCGUUUUCUUUUCUACGUGUCCCAAAGUUAUUUAUUUUUCUACUUAAAUGAGUUACAUUUGGUGUCUGAAUAUGAAAGAACACAAAAGGUCCACUAAAGAAAAGGUGAACAUGAUUUUUAUACAUAAUCAGAAUUAUUCCUGUAACACCUGUCAUGUUAAAAAAAUUUAAUGUUUGUAGAGCUGCUACUAUCUACAGAAAUAAAUACCAUUAUAAACGUGUCUGUAUUAUUAUCAGAGGUGGGUAGACGCCCAAAAAUGUACGAAAGUAAGAGUAGCACUACUUUAACUUAUUACUCAAGUAAAA